AUGUUACUGUUACAAUCCGCGACCGUUGGAAUCGAGUUCCUCUUCGUGCUCUCGCGCGAAAGCGUGUACGCGCGUGGCUUGCGCGUGCUCUCCACGUGGGAGAGGGACUCCGGAGUGCGCUUCGCCAAUGUGGCAGUGGUCAACAUGGAGGAAGAGGAAGUCGCGCGUUUCAAUGCGACGCGUCGCCUAAUCCCGUUGGCGGCCGAUAAGCCGUGGAUGCCGCUUGUCCUCAUCUCCGAGUGCCGGCCUCCGUUAAACCUCUUGCCGUGCGACCGGCUGGUUAAACGGGACGGGCCGGUCUGGCUGUACAACCUAACGGCCAGCGAUCUCCGAACCCGGCUGCAACCGGCAGGAUCAUGCGGCAUGGCGCAACCAACAUUGACCGCUGAAGAUCUGCCCGCUAUAGGCACAGUGGCGUACGCAACGGUGCUGCAUUCAAAGGAGAACUACGUGUGCGGCGCGAUCGUGCUGGGCCACAGCAUUCGGCGCAGCGGAAGCCGCUACGACAUGGUGGCGCUGGUUUCGCCGGAAAUCGGGAACCGCAGCCGCGACGCGCUGCGCGAGGCGGGUUGGAUCGUGAAGGAGAUCGAACGGAUCAGAAACCCUUACGGCAGCAAGACAUCGUACAACCAGUACAACUACAGCAAGCUGCGGUUGUGGCAGCUGGUGGAGUACUCGUCGGUCAUAUUCGUGGACGCGGAUCUGCUGGUGCUGCGCAAUCUCGAUCAUCUCUUCGCCUUUCCUGACGUGUCGGCGCGAGGCAACGAUAAGACGGACUUCAACUCGGGCCUCAUGCUGCUGCGACCCUCCCUCUGCACCUUCCGCGAGCUGCUCGCCAACGUGCACACCAUCCGCUCGCCCAACGGGGGUGACCAGGGCUAUCUUAACAACAUAUUCACAUGGUGGCACCGCCUGCCCAACUCAUACAACACUCUGAAGCACAUCUGGGCGUCCGACCCCCACGACCGAGCUCUCGAGCUGGAAAUGAAGAACCGGUGCUGGAGCACUGGCAGCGGCGGUAGGGGCAAGGUGGUGGGGCUGCUACAAGCAGCACUAACCCGCACUAUGUAG